CUGUAACUGAGUCGGAUCCGACAGGCAGCUGGGUCCCUACCUGACCACAUACCCUUUGAUACCCCGGAGAUCACUUGCCCAGGAAGAGAAGCAAGAUGGCUAUCAAAGGUUGCCUGAGCGUUACCAAAUAUUUCCUGUUUGUCUUCAACCUGCUUUUCUUCAUCCUGGGAGGUGUUUUGCUCUGCUUUGGGCUGUGGAUCCUAUUUGACAGAGGCAGUUUUGCAACUAUGAUAGGCUCCUCUGUGCCCACCUUAAAGGUCUGGUCGUAUGUAUUCUCGGGAGUGGGAAUCCUCACCAUGCUGCUAGGUUUCCUCGGCUGCCUCGGGUCACUCAAGGAAAUUAAAUGCCUGCUGGGAUUUUAUUUUGCUUUCCUUCUCCUGCUGUUUUCUGCACAGAUCACCAUUGGAGUGCUGGUAUACACACAAAGAAAUAGUCUGAGCACCAGACUCGGUACAAUUGUUGAAUCUGUAAUAAAGGACUAUGGCCUAUAUGCAAACCAGACCGAUUUGGAGGAAGGCUGGGACUUUGCUCAAGAAAAGAUGCAGUGCUGUGGCUGGUAUACUCCAGAUGACUGGAUGAAAAAUCAGAAGAUCCAGAACACAUCAGUCAGCCUGUAUCCUUGUUCCUGUAGGAAUGUCUCUGCUUUCCACACAAACAGCAGCGCUAACUCGUCCACGGAAUUCCCUGAAGCAAAGGCCGGAUUCUGCACCACUGGUGCCAGAGAGAAGUGGCCAGUCUAUCAGACAGGUUGCAUGAACACGCUGCAGGCAUUUCUCCUAAAUAACAGCAUCACCAUUGUUGGCGUGUGUAUAGGUAUCGCUCUGCUGGAGCUCUUUGUCAUGACGUUGUCGAUGUGUCUGUGUAGAAACCUGGACCAAAACUACAACAAGCUGGCCCGCUACUCUUAGGUCACAUGUCUUCUUCAUUUGCGCAGUUUGUUGAGGACAGAAGACAUCAAUGUACAGCCAAGCACUUGCGUAUGGACUUUCUGCUUCCUGUUUCGCCAAGAACAUCUCCAAAACUGUAUAUUACCUUUCAGGUUCUGCCUUGCAUAGAUUAUUUAAUCAAUUUAAGGUUUCAAGGUUGGAAACAGGCCACUGUCACCUUAACCUAUCACCAGGGCCCAAAUCCUGAGCUGCAGACCACUAGCCCGGAGAUGUCCUGAUCUGUCACAAUUGCUCUUGAUGGACUUUGUCUUCUUCUCAACGCCAGAAACUGUGUCACAGACAUUUCCUCAGAAGGACUUUUAGUUAGUUUUUCUCUAAUGUAACAAAUAUCAUGGGGUGAUUUAAUAAAGGGCUACCACUUUCAGUAUUUCACACCAUAAAGGGCUGCAGCGGGCUGUCUUAGUGACAACCAACUGCUGCCCAAAGCUGAUAAUGUUGUCAUUUCCAUGGCUCAGUGGUGACAUCUAGGGGUCACUUUGUAUCUUUCCAGACUUUUUUUAUAGUAGGGUACAAAAUGUAAAGGGUUAGUCUUUACAAGAUCUAUUGAUAAUCAUUUAAUCUUAUUUCUCAAAACGGCCAACUUUUGACAGUUUGGUUACCUAUCAUAAAUUUAUUUGAAGGUUAUUUUUGUAACUUUAAAUAAGCAAUUUAGGUCAAAGAUAUAUUAGUUACAUGAGUUUGUUUAGCUCCAACACGAAUAAGUUUUAAUGAAUUUGGCCGUUCCUGCGGGUGUGCUCCUGACAGUCACUGGGUCCCACAGUGAAAUCGUUUCAGGUUCUCCAAGUCCUCAGAAUUUUGGGUUUCCAUUCAUGUAAUGAGCUGUAUCACUCGCUGCUCUUUAUCCAUCCUGACGCAAUACAGCCCAUUCUGGCAGCGCUAUGCUGGCAGGCAAUGUGGGAGCAAUGUUGUGCAAUAGCUUCUAGGCAAAAAGGCUGAAUUGUGGCUCUGCCUGCAGCACUGAGGGCUACAGCAAUAAGGGAGCUUUGCCAUAUUGUACAUUCAUUUUGUAGCCUUUACUGUUUUUUUUAAUAGAUUUUAAAAGACAUAACUCAUGUCAUGUUUUAGGCUUCUCGUAAAUGGUUAAACCUUCCUGUAGAGGUGACUGUAUAUGUUAUCUAAAUGUAUAUAAGCCAGUUAUCUGUAAGUGUGCCAUUACACAUUCACUGCUAACAAUCCCCAAUAAGUUGCCAUAGAGCUUAUUACACAAUAUAACACUGAGCAGCCCCCACCCCAAGUAACCAAUGCCAGCCAAUCAGGCAUUUUAUUUCUGAAUUACCUACCAGACCGACAAAGGUGAAUUCUGGAUUGGUCGCUACGGGUUACUGCUCUGAGGCCAGUUUGCCCAGUGUUAGUGAAUGAGCCUAGAAUGCCUUUUUUGUGAUUAUGUUAAAGAAGAAGUUGAAAAUAUUACAAAGCAGGCAGGUAGGAUGGUACAAUAGGAAACAUGCAGGGAGGCACUGAACCCACAGACCGAUGGCACAUAUAACGCUUCUAUGGCAGCAGAUUUCCACCAUUCUGCAUACUGCCUGCCAUUAACAUAAAUGGAAACCAUCUGUCGCUGCUAAAAAGUCACACUUGCCCAUAGUUAAAAUGGUGUAUGAGAACAGUAUAGGUCAGCAGUGAAGGGAAAAGCAGAGAAGCUGAUUGGGCAAAAAAGAAGGAAACAGGGACUGUUUCCCCUGGAAAACCUGUACGGAAAAACUCAUAUACAGAAGUAUCAUGCAAAUCCGCUUAAAAGAUAUAAUGUAAAAUAAAUAUAUUUUUGAAAGAUUAGUUCCCCUUUAAAGACUAAUUCUACAUUUAUAAGUGAUUCUUUUACAACGGAAUGCAGUUUACACAAUGUACGUUGUACAGAACUGUCUUGCCUGUAUUUCUGAGCUUUCAGUAUUGUCGAGUGAUUGUUGUUGGUUUUUUUUGUUAUUAAUUUGUAUACAGUUUUGUAUGUUUUUCAUAUACAGCAGUAUUUGCAUGGAAUUUAAUAAAUAACUACAAACUGUUCAUUAGUUUUUUGUGCAUUUCCCUUUAGUGCCAGGCUGUAUCACCGCCAUUGGCGCUGUCUGACUGUACAUUGAAUGGGAAGGAGGCAGGACCAGCAUAUAAACUGCAUUAGACAUCUAUAAAUUGCACUUGCUGUUGUUUUCUAAAUCAGGACAUCUAUUUGUUUUUCUUAUUUGCAGUACAAGUAUGGGAUCUGUUAUCUGUAAACCUGUUAUCUAGA